GACGUUUCUGCACCAACCGCCCCGUGCGGCCGUGCCGGUCGCGGUGCCCGCCGCCCCCUCUUCCCUCUCGGGCUCCACCUCCUCGUCUCGUCCCCCCUUCCUCACUGGCCCGCUGCUACAGAUAACGCCGCGCGGGAGAGGUAGCCGCGCCCAUGGCCGCCGUCGCGAGCCCCGCCCUCCGGCUCCGCCCCCGGACCGCAGCACCGUCGCCUCCUCGCUGCAGCGUCAGCUCCUCCCCCUACUUGUAUUCCAAGGCUGCAUGGCCAUUGCCAAUUCAGAGAGUAAAUGAAGGUAGAAUGCAGCAUUUGGAUGCUCUAAAAGGGCAUGCUUUAAGAAACUAUGGCAACCACGAUGGAAGGUUUCAUAUUAAACGAAUUACUUCCUUCGCUGCUAUGGACAAACAGGAGCCAAUUGCUUCACCUACCACAGACGUGUUGCCAGUGGAAGAGACCGAUAACAAUUCUGGAGAUUCCCCUAUGUCUAGUAGCUCCUCAUAUUUUACUGAGAGGGGUAUUGGAAAAUCAGGGUUCAUCUCAUUUCAAGGUGGUAGUUAUCAAAUGAAAAGUGUAGAGAGCGUACCACACCCUGGCAAGGAAGCGUCUAGAUUGGUUUGGUUUGUUGGCCCAACUAUCCUUGUGGCCUUCUUGGUUCUUCCAUCACUUUACUUGCGCAAAGUACUCUCAGCUGUGUUUGAGGAUUCCUUGCUGACAGAUUUUCUUAUACUAUUCUUUACUGAGGCUCUGUUUUAUGGAGGAGUCGCAAUUUUUGUCCUGUUGAUUGAUAAAGUCUGGAGGCCUUUGCAGCAAGUAGCACCUAAGAGUUACAUCUGGUCAAAAUCCAGAUUUUUCCGUAUUUCUUCAGUAGCAACAAUGGUUUUGAGCUUGAUGAUACCUCUUUUGACAAUGGGAAUGGUCUGGCCCUGGACUGGACCAGCAGCUUCAGCUACUCUUGCCCCUUAUCUGGUUGGUCUUGUUGUACAAUUCGCAUUCGAGCAGUAUGCACGGCACCGGAAAUCACCUUCUUGGCCAGUCAUUCCUAUCAUCUUUAAGAUCUACAGGCUUCACCAACUGAACAGGGCAGCUCAGCUGGUGACAGCACUCACCUUUUCUGUUAGAGGAACAGAGGCAACGAACCAAACCUUGGCUAUCAUGAACUCCUUAGGAGCACUACUGACUGUCCUCCAGAUUCUUGGGGUUAUCUGUGUAUGGUCCCUCUCGAGUUUUCUGAUGAGGUUUCUUCCCUCUUCAGACAUUCCAGAUCCAUAACUUCUAGCAGCUCUUGUAGCAUUUUAACUUAUGGGUAUAGCCUCCAUUCUGUAAAUCGAUUUGCCUGGAGCCCAGUUGCCCAAUUGGUUACCGUUGGUUUAGGCAUUAAACCUUGCGCAUCAUCAUCUGAGGAGCUGCAGUCGAAUUAUCUAUAGUUGCUAGAAUUCCUUAGUUGAAUAAACUGUAAAAAGGAGAUGAACUGCCCGUGCUGUAGAAUUAGGACCUUCGGACUUCGCCGAUCCGACGGCUAGCAUGUUAACAUGUUCUUGUGGAUCAAAUUCUGGGCCUCCACAAGCCAGUCAGUCAACCUUGACUGAAGGUAUGUGAAAUGUAUUUAUGCUCCACCAAAGACGUGUUGAGCAAAUGGUGCAAAUAGAAAUUAUAUGCUCGUUUCCAUGAUGAUGCUAAUCCAAUGCACCAUUUUAUUUCGUCGAUCGUAUUGCUUCUUGCUAGUUGUCAGAUGUUCAGCCUGUUGUAUUUUCUUUUCCUGCUGUCCUGCCGUCCUUGUUUCUCUUUGUAUGUAAAAGCGACUAGAUUCCACAGCCUGAAAUUAGGUGCAGCCUUUUUGGUCAUAAUUUGCUGAGUUCUAACAAGUCAAACGUUAGUUUAUUGGGUGGGGGAGAUUUGUACCAUGAGACAGAUUGA